AUGCGACCGGUCCAGGAACUGGUCGAUAAUGGUGCUGAUGUGAAUUCGGUCGCGAAAGACGGUAGGACAAUCCUGAGUAUGGCACUGGAAAGACGAUCAUUUAACUUGGUGGAGAGAUUUCUUAAAGAGGGGGCAACUAUUUUGGGGUCUUUAGAGUUUCUCUUCAAAGAGAGGGAUUGGAAUUCCCAAACCAAUGUCUACCUUGAUGUCCCGACUUGGGACGUGUUUGACUGGUUACAGACAGAAGUCUCUGGCAUUAGAGAUCUGCUGAAAAUGGUAAUUCUGACUGGGUUUUCGUACAAGGCACAAAUGCAAUCCUGCGAGGAUUAUAUCCUACAAAGGUGGGGUCUCAGAGGGAUUGAAAACCUGUCCAAUCUCGUAGAAGAAUUGAAAAAUGGACCAGUGAUAUUUCCUAAAUUCACGACCGGGACCUCUAUAUCUCGGGUUGAAAACGAACAGACGUGGAGCAUAAAAGGUUCAAAGGAAAAUGUAAUUGAUACGAUCGAACAAAUAUGUUGGCUUCUCUGCGUGUUCAGGAAUUCAGAACAGAGUCGAGGCCUCUCUGUCACAUGUCCACGACUUCGACUGGCCAAUAACUUGAACUCUAGUGGCUUCAGGUCCUCUGCUACACAUUCAAUCGAACUUUCACGGGAGACGUAUUCUUUCGAUGAAGGUGCCGAGGAAAUAUGCUGGUUAAAGCUAUUACGAGGUGCCACUGUAGCUGUUGGGUUCCCAGUGCGUCCUCGCAAGGCAGGGAUAGGCCUGGAAAUCCCCUUUGCCUUGCUACUUCGUUUUGCUGAAAUAUCUAUUUCAAUGGAAUUUGAUGGCGGAGUUCUUUUGGUUGGCCCUUCAGCUGUCAUUUUCCCCGUGCAAAAGGUGGAAGAUGGCGUACAGUGGCAUUUUGUCGAGGCAUCCUCGGCGAGCGAAGCUAUUAAAGAGAUCGGUCUUGCAACAAAGUGGACUCGCGAAUGUGACAUGAAUGAAUUAUCUCAAAAGAGAGCAUAUUUGGGAUAUUGUAGCCACGCAACGGUGCUGCUUGGGACUCGCAAUCUUGUUCUAUCCCAGACGGUUAAGCCUUCCGGCUGCUUACCCGAACCACAACUUCGAAUACAAGCAGCUCGCGAGGGUACAACUAGCAUAGGGCUUUCUAUAAGUGGAAUUUUUCAUGCAACUAUACAAGGCAAGUGGAAAGUAGACCGGGGUGUCCAAGUUUCACUGGCAGAGAACAGGGAUAUUGAGGACCGCCUUAUGCGUGCUCGUCGGCGAGCUACGUUGAUCUAUGAUCACAGCAAAGACCGCGGCUGGCACGUUUCAGAGCUCACCUUUAUAGUCCAUCUUGCUUUGUCUUAUUUAAAUCAGGAAGAAGAGGCAUAUGAUUUUAUCAAACGAUAUUGGAGUGUAGAGCUUUAUAAGAAGCUUGAGGAUGGCCAAAUGAAAACAUUUGGGAUGGUUAUAAAAGAUAUUAUGAGAGAACUCGAGUCGCUACAAACCGCGGACAACCUGAGAAAGGCCGCCAUGAACCGUUCUUUUAGAUUUUCACUGAGGUCUAAUCGAUCACUUCUCGGGUGGCAUUUCUCAGAUCUCGUUUCGAGGACUGAAACCGCAAAUCAGCGAGAAGUAAGACUCGAAAAAAAUAUUCCAGCAUGGGCAAUGCUUGGAGACCUGGAAGACACAUUGGUGAUAUUGGGUAGCGACUUCGGGGAUUUGAUUCAGCCCAACACAAAAGUACCGAGCGGCUGGGAGACCAUUCCGCAGCAGGCCGGGCUGUUAGCAGCAACUAGCUCGAGCAUUGCUCAGCUGCUACAGAGCAAAUUCUUGACCUCUUUCACUGAAGAAGAAACCACACAGUGCGAAGGACUGGUCUGGUACCGUCCAACAACUCAUCCUGACUGUAAUCAAUUCUGCAAUGGGUCUUGCAUGGUUAUCCAGGAAAUCAUGAGGGAGAACGACAAGCCCUGUACGGAGAAAAAGACUCCUCGAAAAUUGCAACAGGAUGGGGCAGUGGUAUUUGGCCGUGCAAGCCUCUAUCACAAGUAUUUGGAGCGGCAAGCCGUCAGACCUAGCCGUAUGAAACAGUUUAAGAACGCAUUUCUGGGAGAUACCGAGCCAAAUUGUUGA